AUGGAGAGCCACAGCACCAAGGAGCCUUGGAACAGCCAGCCUCCUCUCUCUUUUCUCUCGUCUUCAGAGCUCCAAGCACCAAACUCCUCCACCAUGAGCCGCAGUCUUCGCCAGAAUUCUUGCUUCCUCCUUCUGUGUCUGCUCUCCGUGUUCCUAACGCCCUCUGUCCGGCUAGCCAGCGGAGCGCCUGUGGCCAAUGAGCUUCGUUGCCAGUGUCUUCAAACUGUUCAAGGAAUUUCCUACAAAGCCAUUGGCAGCCUUAAGGUGAUCCCAGCCGGGCCUCACUGCUCCAACCUCGAAGUCAUAGCUACUCUAAAGAAUGGGAAUGAACUUUGCCUUAACCCCGCAGCUCCCCAAGUUAAGAAAAUCGUGGAAAAGGUGCUGAAAAGCUCCGUCUAGUAACUUCAAAGGAGAGGAUGACUUUUUGCAAGUCCAAGUAGCUCCAUUUUGAGAACAUAAGAACAUCUUAAGAGCCAGAAAAGUAUCAGCAUCUAUGAUUUGUUUGGGAAUUCUUCACUACAGUGUUUUUUAUUUAUUUUGUUUGUUAGUUUUAAAAAGAGUGAUUGAAACUUGUUAAACUUUAUACUAAUGUCUUCUCAUCACUUUUUAAAAAACUGAACGUUUUAUUUCAGUUUUCCCCUCAUGUGCAUUGUAUUUCAUUUUAAGGUGAUAUUUUCACUGUUUUUGAGAUUAAUUUAUUUUGUACCUAUUUAAAGUUGGCUAUGAUUUGUGUGAGGAAGAACCUCCAUAUUUAUGUGGGAGCUCAUCAUGAUCAUUAUUUAUGAUAUCUAUUUGACAUUGUUAACUAUGUAUUUAUGUUGAAGUCUUAAGAACUGUAAUGUUCUAAAUUAGCCUUUAGACAUUUAAUGUCUUCUUUGUAUGGCAUACUGUCAUGUUUAGUGUAAAUAUACACAAUAUUCUUAAUUC